ACAGACUCAUCUGUGAUGAUGGGGACACCUUACAACCACACAAUGGAAACCCCUGCCACCUUCUUCCUUGUGGGUAUCCCAGGUUUGCAGUCUUCACAUCUUGGGCUGGCUAUCUCAAUGAGUGCCAUGUAUAUCAUAACCCUUUUAGGAAACACCCUCAUCUUGACCAUAAUCUUGAUGGAUUCCACUCUACACGAGCCCAUGUUCUGUUUCCUCUGUGUUCUGGCUGCUGUGGACAUUGUUAUGGCAUCCUCUGUAGUGCCCAAGAUGGUGAGCAUCUUCUCCUCAGGAGGCAGCUCCAUCAGCUUUAAUGCUUGUUUCACUCAGAUGUAUUUUGUCCAUGCAACCACAGCUAUGGAGACUGGGCUGCUGCUGGUCAUGGCUUUUGACCGCUAUGUAGCCAUUUGUAAGCCUCUACACUACAAGAGCAUUCUCACGCCUCAAGUGAUGCUGGGAAUGAGUAUGACCAUCACCAUCAGAGCUGUCAUAUUCAUGACUCCAUUAAGUUAUAUGGUGAGUCAUCUACUUUUCUGUGGCUCCAAUAUUGUUCUCCAUUCCUACUGUGAGCACAUGGCUGUGGCCAAGUUAGCAUGUACAGACCCCAUGUCCAGUAGUCUUUAUAGUCUAAUUGGUUCUUCCAUUAUUGUGGGCUCCGAUGUGGCUUUCAUUGCUGCUUCUUAUACCCUGAUUCUCCAGGCAGUCUUCAAUCUCUCCUCAAAGAAUGCUCAGUUGAAAGCAUUAAGCACGUGUGGCUCUCACAUGCUGGUUAUGGCUCUGUACUACGUACCUGGGAUGGCAUCCAUCUAUGUGGCCUGGCUAGGGCAGGACAUAGUGCCUUUGCACACCCAAGUGCUGCUAGCUGACUUAUAUGUGGUCAUUCCACCUGCUUUAAACCCCAUUAUCUAUGGCCUGAGGACCAAACAAAUACGGAAGCAAAUAUGGAGUUUGCUGAUGCACUCUCUUUGACCACUUCAACCUGGGUUCAUGA